GCGCUUCCCCCUGUGUCUGCAGGAUAUGGAAAUACACUAACCUUGGCCGUCUCCUUGAGUCCCGAUAGGUUGCAACGUCAGUGCUGGGAGAGAGUCCAUGGAGACAAAACAGAUCGCAAGUCACUCUCCGCUUUAAGUCGUUGAGCUCAGUGGGAGUGUGGCUGCAACCUGAGUUACAUUUAUUUUCGGCCUGUGCCUUUAAACCUGAUCCAGAUGCCAGCAGGGCCUUGUUUGUUAUGCUGUCCCUAAGACCAUCACUGAAUUUGUGUGAACAGGAAAAGGGUUAAAAAGAGAGCCUUUGAUUCCGGGCUGACAACGACGCCAGAGGUGACACGAUGGACUUGCCGGGUUCACCUGAGAUUCACGCAGCCGUGCAGGGUAGCGAGCAGGGCGCGCUGCCCGUGGGGCCCCUCAGGAUUGAAGAUGAGGAGGAGGAGGAUCUGAACAAGACCUGGGGCGUUGAGCGGUUCGACGACCUGCUCCACGAUGCGUCCAGUCGGUGUGUGGAUGAAGUCCGGCGCACCUUCGACGAGGCAGACUUCGAGUACCACCGCCACUCGUCCCUCCACACUCACCACCCCCUGUCCACACACAUGCCCUCGGAGGGCCGCAGGAAGAAGGGGACGCAGAAGAAGAGCAAGAAGACCGCCUCAUCUCCGACGGGCGCCCCCACCAUCGAUGAGGGGGACGAGGAUGAUGAUCACAGCGACGGCACGCAAGAGAAGAAGGAGCCCGCGGAGGGCAGCGUGCAGCCAGACGCCGCUGCCGAUGUCCAGUUCUUCAUGCCUGACGAGGAGUUGGAGAAUAACGCGGCGUCGCUGAGCCCCCCGGACCGAAGCCCAAAGCAGCAGGAUGUUCCUUCCCCCCACUCCGAGCCCGGCAUCAUCCUCCCACACAGUCAUCUCGGCAGGAGCAACGAGCGGAUGGCCCUGAGGGCAGCGGCUGUCAGUGCCCCCAGCCUGCUGGAGGAGAACCGGCUGUUGCUGAAAACGCCGCUGACCCAUCGCAGCAGCUACGACCUGAAGGAGCGGCGGCGCAUCGGCAGCCAGACCAACGUAGACGAGGCCAAGUUCCAGAAGAUCCCGACUGACGAGCUGGAGGCGGAGAUGUUGGCCGUGGCCGAUCUAGACUACAUGAAGAGUCACCGGUUCGAGGAUGUCCCCGGGGUACGUCGGCACUUGGUCAGGAGGUGCAACAAGGGAACAGUCGUCCACGUCAGCAAGGACCAGUCCGAACUCUACCCCAAGGCCAAGAAACCCGACCGGCAGCCACACGAGGUGUUCGUUGAACUGAACGAGCUGACGAUGGACAAGAACCAUGAGAUGCAGUGGAAGGAGACGGCCCGCUGGAUCAAGUUUGAGGAGGACGUGGAAGAGGAGACGGACCGGUGGGGAAAGCCGCACGUGGCCUCACUCAGCUUCCGAAGCUUGUUGGAGCUCAGGAAGACUUUAGCACACGGAACGGUGCUCUUGGACUUGGACCAGAGGACUUUGCCAGGAAUUGCACAUCAGGUGGUGGAACAGAUGAUCAUCUCGGACCAGAUCAAAGCUGAGGAUCGAGCAAACGUUCUCCGUGCACUGCUCGUCAAACACUGUCACCCCAACAAGGACAAGGACUUCUCGUUUUCCCGCAACAUCUCGACGGCCAGCCUGGGCUCGUUGAUGGCCCACCACCAAAGCCAGAACCACAUCGCCCCAAGCUCGGAGCCCUCCGUCACACAGCCGCUGAUGGGAGAGAGCACGGAUGCCGACGUCAAAGUCAUGGUGGACAGCAUCGAGAAAGAGUGCCCGCUGUCUGAGAUGACUAGAUCACGUUCAAAGCACGAACUCAAGCUGAUGGAGAAAAUCCCAUGCAAUGCAGAGGCCACUGUGGUGCUAGUAGGAAGCCCUUCCUGUGAAUGCUGUGACUUUGCUCAUGAGAGUUGCGUUGAGUUCCUGGAGCACCCGACCAUGGCCUAUGUUCGACUGCAGACAGCGGUGGAGCUGGAGUCGGUGUUGGAGGUUCCUGUCCCAGUCCGUUUCCUCUUCAUCCUGCUGGGACCAACCAACAGCAACAUGGACUACCACGAGAUUGGCCGCUCCAUCUCCACCCUCAUGUCGGACAAGAACUUCCACCGAGCGGCCUACCAGGCAGAUGACCGCAACGACCUGCUGAAUGCCAUCAACGAGUUCCUGGACAGCAGCAUCGUGAUCCCGCCAUCCGACGUCCCCGGGGAGGAGCUGCUGCUCUCCGUCGCCCAGUUCCAGCGCAAGAUGCUGAAGAAGAGGCAGGCGAAAGAGGAGCAGGUGCUAUCCAAGGAAGUGAAGAGUCAGGAGGAGAGAGCUCUCCUGAAGCGCAAGAGGCUGGAUGAGGAGGACCCUCUGAGGCGGACGGGGAAACCGUUUGGCGGGGUGAUUCGAGACGCUGCCCGCAGGUAUCCUCAGUACCUGAGUGAUUUCAAGGAUGCCCUGAACCCACAGUGCAUGGCUGCCAUCAUCUUCAUUUACUUCGCAGCCCUUUCCCCAGCCAUCACCUUCGGAGGGCUUCUCGGGGAGAAGACCAUGGGUUUGAUUGGUGUCUCCGAGCUGAUCAUUUCAACGGCCAUACAGAUGAUCAUCUUUGGUCUGCUGGGCGCCCAGCCACUGCUGAUCGUAGGGUUUUCCGGCCCAUUGCUUGUAUUUGAAGAAGCUUUCUUUAAGUUUUGCCACUCGAACCAAAUGGACUACCUGACUGGACGAGUGUGGAUCGGGUUCUGGUUGAUCGCCAUCGUGUUGGUGAUCGUGGCCUUCGAAGGCUCCUUCCUCGUGCGGUUCAUCUCCCGCUUCACCCAAGAAAUCUUUGCUUUCCUCAUCUCAAUUAUAUUUAUUUAUGAAACAUUCUACAAGCUGGUAAAGAUUUUCAAGGAUCAUCCUCUCCGUGGCUGCUCCAACAGUACCCUGAAUGGAACCUUCCUCUCCCUCAUCCCGCCAAGCCCUAGCAACGAGACGACAGAGGGCGUGAGGCGGACGGGGGAGCCUAACACCGCGCUCCUGUCGCUGGUCCUCAUGGCUGGCACCUUCUUCAUCGCCUUCUUCCUGCGCAAGUUCAAGAACAGUCGCUUCUUCCCCGGGAGAGUUCGACGAGUGAUUGGGGACUUUGGUGUUCCCAUAGCGAUUCUCAUCAUGGUUCUGGUGGAUUAUUCCAUCCAGGAGACCUUCACCCAGAAACUGAGUGUUCCCACCGGUCUGUCCGUCACCUCGCCGGAGAAGCGCGGCUGGUUUAUUAAUCCUCUCGGGAAGGACGGGGAUUUUCCCAUCUGGAUGAUGUUUGCCAGCGUCAUUCCAGCCAUUCUGGUCUUCAUCCUCAUCUUCAUGGAGACCAUGAUCACAACUCUGAUCAUCAGCAAGAAGGAGCGGAUGUUGACCAAGGGCUCGGGCUUCCACCUGGACCUGCUGAUCAUCGUGGGCUCGGGAGGGGUGGCGGCCAUGUUCGGGCUGCCCUGGCUCGCCGCCGCCACCGUCCGUACCGUCACCCACGUCAACGCCCUCACCGUCAUGAGCAAGUCCGUGGCCCCCGGAGACAAGCCCAAGAUCGAAGAGGUGAAGGAGCAGCGGGUGACAGGGCUGGUGGUUGCCAUCAUGGUGGGCCUGUCCAUCGUGAUCGGGGACCUCCUGCGUAAGAUCCCGCUGGCCGUGCUCUUUGGGAUCUUCCUGUACAUGGGUGUGACGUCGCUGAAUGGCAUCGACCUGUACGAGCGGAUCCAGCUGCUGCUGAUGCCAUCCAAGCACCACCCCGACCACGUGUAUGUGCGCAAGGUGAAGACACUGCGCAUGCACUUGUACACCAUCGUCCAGGUCUUCUGCCUGGCCGUUCUCUGGGCCGUCAUGUCCACUGUGGCCUCGCUCGCUUUUCCCUUCGUGCUCAUCCUCACCGUUCCCGUGAAGAUGUUCGCACUCACCAGGAUCUUCACGGAUCGAGAGCUGAAAUGUCUGGAUGCAGAUGACGCACAGCCCACGUUCGAUGAGAAGGAGGGGCUGGAUGAAUAUGACGAACUCUCGAUGCCCGUGUGAAGCCACCAAACCAACUCUGAUCCACACUGAAGCCGGGCAGGAAUGGAGGAGUCAGCCCACAUCUGUCCCGCGAAAAUCUGUCCUGUCAACAUCUGUCCAGUCGGCAUCUGACCCGGCAACAGACGCUCAUUAACACCUGUCAAUCUCAACAUCUGUUCCAUCAACAUCUGUCCCCAUCAACAGCAGUCCCGUCAACAUCAACAUCUGCCAUCUUUCAAUAUCACCACCUACCAGUAUCAACCUCUGUCUGUCCAACAUCUAUCUGCCAGUGCCACCAUGCCCACCUUGUUCAGUGCCAUACCAAUAUGCCAUGAUUGGUCCGAGCUCCACCACAGCCCAUCCACCCCCUCCCCCUCCCCGUGGGCGUUGAGGGUCCCGGUGGUGUGGGGACGGUGCCGGUGGGACCACAGCUCACAAACCAGGGAAUCCUCCCCAGCUCAGCGCAGCGCAGCUCAGCUCAGCGCAGAUUGGCUCAUACCCAGGAACCCGGGGAGGAGUCACUGAGACACAGAGCCUACAGCUGCCCCACAAGCUUCACUGUGGGAGGGGGGGGGAGAUGUGUGGCGUGGGGACUCGCAGACCAAGCUGGGCCCAGGGAUGUCCCACACACUCCCUGAGACAGUCCCUACUCUUCAACCUCCGGCACCCCCUGUCCACUCCCACCCAUCACUUCCCCCUUCCCCCCCCAACCCCUUCCUCGUCAACUCCUGCCCCCUCCC